ACAGAGGAGAAGAAGAAGAACGAGCGAAAACGUAGAAGAAGAAGAGAAGGAGCGCUACAUGAACUAGCUUUGGCCGGUUGCGUCGAGGAAAUUUGGAGGUAAACUUUGUGGUUUUUUUUACACUGUAAUGCCUUCGACGUUAAAACAGCGCAUUGAAUAUUGUAAAUGUUUAUUAAGUGAGGUGAUAGGAUGUAAAAUGGUGAACUAUUUGAUCCACUCUUCCCUCCGGUGAUGCUAGCUCCAUCGAUAACUCGAGGAUUAGCUUAGCCGUUAGCCUGUUCAUCGAUGCUGCGACGUUACGAAGUUUGACUUUAAUUUUAUAACUUAGUGGGAACAAAAGACACUAAAUAUCUUAAACGAUCAAAGAUAUGAGUAUAAAUUUUCCACCUGAAGUCUGCCUGGUCUGUUUUUUAGUUAAUUGUUCUCAUGUUUGUGUUCAUGUUGUCAACAAUCCUCAGUGUUUUUGUUCAUCCUGAUAUAAUGAAAACAAAAAUUAGAUUUUAUCCACAUGAAGUUAAUGGAUCUGUUCAUGUGUUUUAAUAAAGAAGAAGGAGAUUUCUGUUGUAUUCAUCAGUUUUCUCUCAGACUCUUCAGCUCCUCCUGAAAACAGUAAAACUUUAAAUCCUCAGUUUGUUUAUUCUUCAUCUUUUUGUGUUUUUAGACGUUAAACUGUAAAACAAAUCCGUCUGUUUAGAAAAUUUGAUGUUGAUAUUUGAUAUUAAACAGCUCUCAUUUUCAGAUUUAACUCUUUCCUGAUUUCAGUCUGAUGUAUUUGAACAUGUUUGUAUUUCAGAAAUGAACAUUUAUUAACAGGUUUUGUUAAUUUAGAGUUUUUUUGAGCUACUUUUCUUAAAAGUUUCUAUAUUGUGUCUCUGCUAUCUGUUUAUUUGAUUCUUAUGUUUGCUGCUUGUGUUUGAAUCCCUUUGGUUAGAUCUUUUUUUGUAAUGUUUAUCUGUUGUAUGUGGAUAUAUUCUUUAAAUGCUGCUGAUCUCUGUGAGCGAACAAAGAUAUUUUUGUUGUUUAACCACAGUGAGAGUAAUCUCUCUUAAAGGGAUAUUCCAGCGUAAAGUUAAUUUAGGGUCGAACACACCAUAACACCGAGUUAGACCCCCCCCUCCAGCGAUGAAUGUUGUCGACCGCUUGCUUCUCUACUUAUACCAACUUUAGAAACGACCGCAGGAUAGCAAUACAGAGAGCCACGCGCUCAACCAAAACGCCACUCUAUAGCCACAAAUAAUGCUCAGAACAGCACCUAACUUCAUCAACAGGACAUAUAGGGUCACAGCCAUAGUACUAGACACCAAACAUCUUUUUAACUUUGACUCAUUUCUUUAGCAAAGAGACUAAACACGACUCACCUACUCUCUUCCAACAGCCGCUUGUUUGUGGAGACCUCAGGCCAGUCCAUUACGGACUACAGCGGGGUGUCGCAGCUCAAGGAAGAACAUUUAUGAUCAUUUCUUUAUCAUUUCCUUGAAGUAAUAAUCAUCAUAUUAAUCAUUUUCUCUGCAAACGCAGUAGUUCUUCUGCCUUAGCGUCUCAGUCUGAUUGUAUUUCCAUGAAGCCCAUGGCGCCUGUGCAGCCGAAACAGAUGACCAAUCAGUCGGCUUUCUCUAGAGCAACGCCUUACGACAAAACGUCAAAGAGACACAAAGACCUCACAGAUGUAGUAGAUUAUUGUAUUGCAAAAGACAUGCGACCAAUUAACACUGUUAGAUUUCACUCAGGUGGUAUUUUGGUGCUCCCCUGAACCAUAAGCGGUACAUGACUGUCAUCUUCUCGUCUCUGUUCAGAGUUGUCGUCCUUCAUCACCCUGCCUCACCUUCGUCCCCUUCACCAGCGCUGCAGGAUUCUUGGGGUUCAGCUCCCUCCCUGACCUGCCAACAUGCCGGCCGCACUUACAGAUUCCAGUCAGAUCAUCUGUGAGGUCUGGGCGAGCAACGUGGAGGAGGAAAUGAGGAAAAUCCGGCAGAUUAUUCAGAGCUACAAUUACAUCGCCAUGGUAAGAACGGAGCUGUGUGAAUGUGGACUUGAGUGGAGUGAAAACAGGGUUUGACUUCAGAGUGACGGAGAGUUUGACUAGAAAUCAACAACAAAUAAUCGACACAAAACCUUUGGAUGUUUUUUAGGACACAGAGUUUCCAGGAGUGGUUGUUCGGCCGAUCGGUGAGUUUCGCAGCACCGUGGACUACCAGUACCAGCUCCUACGGUGUAACGUCGACCUCCUAAAGAUCAUCCAGCUCGGUCUCACCUUCAUGAACGAGGACGGGGACUAUCCUCACGGCACCACGACGUGGCAGUUUAACUUCAAGUUCAACCUCACGUAAGUGCGCCGCUGCUCUUUUGUCUUUUUAUUAGUUUUUUAAAAACUUUCUGUUUAAUGUUUGUUUUCUUUUCCCCCUCGUAGAGAAGACAUGUACUCGCAGGACUCCAUAGACCUCCUCCAGAACUCAGGCCUCCAGUUUAAAAAACACGAAGAAGAGGGAAUCGACACGCUCUACUUCGCUGAACUCCUCAUGACGUCUGGUCUGGUGCUGUGUGAAAACGUCAAGUGGCUGUCCUUCCACAGGUACGUCAGUGAUUGCAGGAUGAAUGCAGAUGGAAUAUUAUUUAAGUUUAUUUUCUGUGAGACUUUGAAUCCUUCUCACCACAGAUUUGAACCAUCAGUGUAAAUCUUGAAAUCCUCACCUGAUCUUUUCUCUCUUCCUCAGCGGCUACGACUUUGGCUACCUGGUGAAGCUCCUAACAGACGCACGGCUCCCCGAGGAGGAACAUGAUUUCUUCCAGAUCCUAAACUUGUUCUUUCCUGCAAUCUACGACGUCAAGUACCUGAUGAAGAGCUGCAAGAACCUAAAGGUACUUCAGACCGAUGUGUGAGGAGGUGGAGAAAAGAGUCACCUGUGCACUGUUCAGGAAUCUCCUCAGCUGUUUCUUCAGGUCGAUGUUUGUUGAGCUCUUACUGGAACAAACGGAUCCAGAAUUGCAAACGGAUUCUUUCAGAACAAUAUCUCUCUGUGAAAACGCUCGUAGUUGAUGGUGGCGUUGACAGUUUUUCAUCCUUCUCAUCGAAAUGAACCCCAAACCUCUCCACCCACAUCACAAAAGUCACACAGUCAUAUGUGUUUAUGCAGGGAGGACUACAGGAAGUCGCGGACCAGCUGGAACUGAAGAGGAUCGGACGGCAACAUCAGGCUGGAUCCGACUCGCUGCUCACCGGGAUGGCUUUCUUCAGGAUGAAGGAGGUACGAACACGUGCGCUCAGAUUGUUUGUGAUCACUUCCACUGGAUUGGUCGACAGGGUUUCCUUCCUGACUGAUUGUUUGACCAAGUCCGAUAGUUUUUGGGUCCAAAUUCGGCUUGCUUUAAGAGUGAACGUCUUUGAGUCAUUCAGCCGUCGUCAAACUAAAACCUCUGUGUUUGAUUUUACAGCUUUUCUUCGAGGACAACAUCGACGACGCAAAGUAUUGUGGGAGAUUGUACGGGCUGGGCUCGGGCUCCACCCAACCCCAGAACGGCAUCUCCAGCUCGGGCCAGGAGGAGACGAACAACAAGCACUGACUGAGCUCGAACCUUCAAGUGGAACACGCACUUGUUUUAAAACCCGACCAGCAGAUUUUCCUCUGAUCUCCCUCGACGCGCGAUCCCCGAACAAAAAAAGAAAAACCAAACACACACUCAUCACGUUUCUUUAAUUUCCUCCUGAGCGGCUUUCAGACGGGCUCACGGUGAUCGUGGAUCCUUCACCGGCUCUUUUUCUUUCUUUUAGUCGCUUUUACCGAGUAAAUGGCCACAUAUCCAGACCGCUUUUUUUAACCUGUGGGAUUGUUUUAGAGCGUUAGUGACACCUUUCUUAAACAGCAUGGGACCAGCUCCUGUAUCAUACUGUGAUUUCAGACCAAAACCUAAAACCAGAAAAAAACAGUCGCACCCUUCAGCUCAGACUCUCCUCCGUCAGCGGGACUCGCCACUCGUAGGGAUUUCAUCUUUUAAGUUAAUGUUGGAAGGGCCUGUAAAUUAAAAUGUAUAAUUUUGAUGAAAAUAAAAAUGUUUUAGCUCUUUUCCACUUUCAGAAACUUUUAACAGCAGAGUGUGUAACUGUGCUUGGUUAUGCAUGUGUCUCGAUCGGCAUAAACUACUGUGGUUCUGUACAUUCACCCACCAAACCGAACUGUGCAGCGUCAGGUUUUCACAUGAUGUGGUUUCUCUUGUUUUUACAUUCAGCAUUGUUUUACAGUUGUAUAUUAAAUUGUUUUGUAUUUUGAAUGUAAA